AAAAAGUUCAGUAGUGGUCAAAUAAGCGCAGACCUUCUAAAAACUCAAAUGAAUUUGUAUAGAAAUCAGGGGCCUUCCUUUGAUGAUAAAUUUAUUGCAUCUGCUGAUACAAUUACUAAUUGGUAG